GUUAUUAGCACACACUCAUACGCUCUGUGGUGUGUCCUGUCGCUGCUCGUGACUCAGCUGUCAGUCGGGCUUCUGUCUUUGUCACCGUCGGACUGCUUUCCACAGCCAAGAUGAUGGAUGAGGAGUCCACCAAACGGUACGUCUGGACCAGUGACGACGAGCUGCAGCAUAAACCGGCUCAGCGAGGGAGUAAAGUCCAGGAUGGUCUGGAGGAGAGAGAGAUCACCGUGCUGCCGCGGAGGACGACGGAUGACCCGGGUGACUCCGUUGGGAUGAAGAUGCCGGACCCGUCUUCCUCCUGCUUUGAGUCUUGCUUCCGUCUGAGGGACAGAUGUCGUCCGCAGGGACUCAUCAGUCUGCUCAUCACAAAAGGGUGUUUGCUGGCUCUGCUGUUUGGAGUCGUCUGGUCCAUCACAGGAAGGGAGUGUUUACCUGGAGGGAACCUGUUCGGCAUCAUCAUCCUCUUCAUCUGCUCUGUGCUGGGAGGGAAGCUGGUGGGAAUGAUCCGCCUGCCUACCCUGCCCCCCUUCCCCCCACUGCUUGGGAUGCUGCUGGCUGGUCUGCUGUUGCGCAACCUUCCCUACAUAACGAACAGCAUCUUCAUCGACACUCGCUGGUCUGCAGCUCUGAGGAACAUCGCCCUGUCAAUCAUCCUGACCAGAGCCGGACUGGGACUCGACCCCUCGGCGUUGAGCCGUCUGAAGGGGGUGUGUGUACGUGUUGCUGUCGGGCCGUGUAUGAUAGAGGCCUGCGUUGUUGCCGUGGUUUCUCACUUCCUGCUAGGACUGCCAUGGGUGUGGGGCUUUAUACUGGGUUUUGUCCUGGCUGCAGUGUCUCCGGCUGUUGUUGUUCCUUCCAUGCUGCUGCUACAGACAGAAGGAUACGGAGUGGAAAAGGGAAUCCCCACCCUGCUGAUGGCUGCGGGAAGCUUGGAUGAUAUUUUAGCUCUUACUGGCUUCUCCACCUGCCUGGGAAUGGCCUUCUCCACAGGCGCUACGUGGAUGAACGUACUCAAAGGUCUGCUGGAGGUGGUGGGAGGAGUUGUAGCUGGGCUGGUCCUGGGCCUGUUCUUAUGCUUGUUCCCCAGCAGCGAGCAGGAGGACCUGGUGCUGAGGAGGACUCUCAUGCUGCUGGCUCUGUCCAUAUUUUCAGUCUUCUUCAGUCAUGUUGUUGGCUUUGCCGGGGCUGGCGGCCUCUGUACGCUGGUGCUGUCUUUCUUGGCCGCCCUGGGAUGGAGGAGGGACAAGGUCCCAGUGGCAGCUCUGGUCGGCCGGUCAUGGGAUGUCUUCCAGCCGCUUCUGUUUGGUCUGAUUGGAGCUGAAAUCACCGUUACAGCCCUCAGUCUCAACACCGUGGGUCUGGGUAUGGCCUGCAUCUGCACCGGUCUGGUGGUCCGCCUCCUUGUCACCUUCCUGCUGGUUCAUGCUGGAGGUUUUAACUGGAAGGAGAAGGUCUUCAUCGCCGUGGCCUGGCUGCCUAAGGCCACCGUGCAGGCUGCUAUUGGCUCCAAGGCGUUGGACAUGGCGAGGGAGGAGGGGGACGAGAACUCGAUCACGUUCGGUUUGGACGUGCUAACGUUAGCAGUGUUAGCCAUCCUGACCACGGCUCCCAUUGGUGCGUUGGGUAUCGGCCUGGCAGGACCCCGCCUCCUGGCCCGACAUGUCAAAGCAGAAGAGUCGGAGGAAGAAGCCACACCCCCCUGCCACAAUGGACCCCUUCGGGAAAAAGACAACGCGACCCUUGAGAGCCGACUGUGAAGCUUCAGAUGGAACAAACCAGAUCACCAGACUCACCAACGUUUGAGUUCUGACAUGUUGGAACAAAGUCUGACUUUGUGUUUCUGUUUUAUUAAAAGCCAGUAAUGAA